AUGAUUUGGAUAAAAUGUCAAUGUUAUUAUGUUUUUAUAUUUUUCAAUCUAAUCCAUCUCAAUGCAUGUGCACGACCAACAUUCGACACGUUAUUUCAAGUAUCAAACGAUAAAAUUACAGAUCCACUUACUGGUUUACCAUUAUCUACAGAAACACACGAACAUAAAUUGAAUUUAACAAAGGCAAAGAUUUUGAAACAAGCGAAAGCUACACCGACUACGUCAUCAAAAUAUAUGAAUAUUGAUCAAGUUAAAUCUGUUUCAUUGAAUACAACAGCUAAGGUGAAUCAAACAUCCUGCAUUGCACUUAAUGCUAUUCGAUCUUUACAAUCUGUAAAAUGUAUGAGUAACAGCAUUGAAAUGACUUUUGACACUGCAGCUAACAGUGCUUAUGUAUAUCAACAAUGGAUUGAACGAAAAGUUUCAUUUAUUAAUGGUGGAAAAGAAUGGGAUUGUAUAAACUCAACAACAGGAGAACCCAUGAUAAUUAUGAGGAAACUUAAACCAAAUACAUUUAAAUUGAAAAAGAAUCUGAUAACUGUUAAUAUAACAAAUGAUACAGGCAUUACACCCAUUGUCUGUUUUGAAAGUUUAACAAUGCAUCUAACAUCAGAACAAGAAUACCCUACUCAACAAAACUCAACUGAAACGAGUACAAAUGAAACUGUGACAACUAAGUCUACAGCGAAAGAAUCUAUUGGGAAAGCAUCGUCAAGCAAUUUUCAGCCAACAUCACCAGCUCAAGAUAAUACUUUUACUGCAGGUGAUACGGCCAGAAUUUCAUGGCGACAAACCAGUUAUGACAGCUCUUAUAAUAAGUAUUUUAAAGUUAAAUUGAAACGUCAUCGACCAUUAUGGUUUGAUGCAGAAAUUCAGACUGCAACAUCAUGUAUGGAUAUAACAUCGGGUGUUUGUUUUGAUCGAAUACCAUCAAAUGAGGCUUUAAGUGCGAAUUUUUAUUAUGAAUUUAGUUGGUGUGGUUGGUGGCCAUUUGGAUGUUCAGUAGAUGGUCCAUACUUUCAAAUUCCUCCACGUCGUGUUGGCGGAUGGAAUUACAAUAGCUAUUAUGAUCGAGCGGAGAGUCAAAAACAAAUUUUUUAUAUGGAUUGUUCAUCAAAUUCAUCCAGUGUUAUUUCACGUUUAUGUGGCGAAGGUCGUCAAAUGUCAAUUGAUAUAGCGUGCACAAAUUGCUAUAUGAAAUAUGAUUAUAGCAUUUUUCGUUUGGAUCUUUUAUCAAGUGGUGGUCAACUUGGCAAAAUGAAUGUUACGUUGGUAUCAACAGCAACAGUAAAUUUGCAAUUAUUAUUUAUAUUUAAUUUUAUUUAUACUAAAUCAGGUGCAAUCUCAUUGGGAAAAUAUCCUAUAUAUGGUUAUGAAUUUACUGUAUUGGGCUAUUCAUUUGAUUUAGGAUUUACUCUUGAAAUUGAAUUGCCAUAUAAAAUUCAAUUAGAUGCACUCGGUCAAGUAUCUGCAGGCUUGAAAUAUACAUUAGAUACGAGUAUCCAAUUGAUUUCGUAUGGUUCUAGCAAACAACCUAGUGUUUCUUGGUCACUACAGAAAUAUUAUUAUCCAAUAGAAGCAGAGCUUAAGUCAAAACUUACAGUGGAUGUUGGUAUAAGGCCAACAUUAAGAGUUGGCGCUGUAAUAUUUUCAGUUGGUGUAACAACUGAAGGUUUUCUAAGCUUUCAAAACGAAUUUCAAUAUCCACCAUUUUCUGCUUUAACCACCUAUAACUACGAUUACAAUCUAGCAAAUCCAUCUCUAUUUCAUUAUAACCAUCCAUCAGAUGCAUGUAUUUCACAACACUUUUUACAAUAUCAUGUUCAACUUGGUCUUCGGAAUACUUUAUUAAUAUUUGAUAUCACGUUAGGUCCCUUAAAUAGCAUAAUACAAUUAUUUACUAAUACACAUUACGAAAAACCAUUGUUACCUGAUUAUGUAAGAGAAUUAUUAAGUGGUUGUUUAUUUAAAUCGUCUAGUAUGGAUAGUCCGCAGUCGAUUAGUCUUUAUUUAGAUACACCACUCAAUACAUCUUCAUCUUUUUUGGACUACUUCAAACUAUCGUUAGCAUUUGAUUUAGGAAACGUUCUAAAGGUUAAUCCAACAAGAAUAUUAUUAAGUGGAGUUCAAUCCUAUUUUGAUCAAAAAUCAGGAAAAUCUGUUACAAAAGUUAUUGCAUUGUUAUUACCAUCCGUCAAAUCUCUUGCUUCAGAUCCAACUGUACAAUCAUUAGCUCAAACAUUAAAAUCACAAGAGAUGAAUCCAUCAUCAUUCUUAUAUACUAAUACUAAAUGGUUAAAGUUAUUAAUGAAAGAUUUAACACUGCAAUCAAAGAAUAUCGGUGUAUCAGCAACAACGUCUGGUGAAUAA